GCUUGCGUAAGUCGGUCAGAAACUGUUUGACUGUUUUUAUUUGCGUGGUGGAGUUAUGAACCCGGGGUGUUGGAAAGUCGAUGAAAACGAUGAAGCCGCAAGAUGGGCCAAAACCGAUAGACACCAUUCAUUUUCGGAUGAAUUGUGGACAAAGAUGUAUAGCACUAAGUCCACGGAUAGCAAAGCGGUUUACAUAGAUAUAGAAGAAGAAAAAGACGCAGGUAACCAUGAGUAUUCACAGUGGUCGGAACUACCAGAUUUGGUAUUGGAAAAGAUAUUGUCGUACUUGCACAUACGAGAAAAAUAUUACUGCAGUUUGGUGUGUAAGUCUUGGUAUUCAGCCUUUCAUCUACCAAAGGUUUGGAGUCGAUUUGUUUUAGAGGACACUACCUUAACUAGAGCCAGAUUCAAUUAUUACUCUGGCUGGCAGUACGUUCUGGACCAUCUGAGGGCCCAAAUGUGCCUGUCCACCGUCGGCAAAAAAAUCCGCUACCUGACCAUAAUGCCCAUGCUGAAUUUCUACAACUUAUACGAGUUCAUGAACAUGAUUUCCUGGUACACAGAGCAAGAUCAGGAAAAAGAAAACGUUCAAAUCGGUGUUGGUAGCAACAUAGAAUCGCUAAAAUUCACAUUUCCCUGCAACAUGACCACUCGUGACGACACCGAACGUAUCAGACUGUUCGGAACUGGCGGGAAGCUUUUGGAAGCCUUAAAAAGGCUCAUGGGCAACCUAACAAAACUAAAAACACUGCAGCUCAUUGAUUUGAUGUUAGAUCCCAAAGAAGCCCAAUAUCUACUAGAUGGCGUUGUAAAUACGUGCUUGGUCACCCUUAAAACUCUGUAUGUAGUCAACACGACAAGGGUCAACUACCCUUUAUUACAUGUAGGAGUAUUUCUUAAUUUAAAUAAGCUAGUGAUAAGUCCGCAAAACCUGGGAGACGACGUUGUAGAACUGUUCGGCAAUACCAACUUAAAACACCUACAUAUAGUUCAAAAUAGGUACACGCCAGACGAUGAGAAUAUAUACCCGGUGUCCCCAAAAGUGUGGAGGCAGUGUAGGAAGAGCAACCAGAAUUUGUGCGUGCACUUAGAAUUGGAGUGCGUGAAACCCAAACCGUUGAUAUGGCAGGAGAAUGCUCCUGUUAAAAGUAUUUUGUAUAAUUCCACUCAUAUUCAGUUAAAAAAUGAUGAGUUGAUAACGGCAAUAGAUUUCUAUAAAAACGAUUUAAAAGUGUACGGGCAUAAAUGUAUAGCCCGAUUUCACAGAUCAAAAUCCUUUCAUGAACGUGUCGACGGGAGUUUGCUUCUUUUAAUAAGGGAAUGCACCUAUUUAACAACCCUGGUAGUUACUGAAAGAAUUUCGACAGCAACAGUUUUGCUCCUAGCUUACACAGGUAAAAAUUUAAAAUGGCUGCACAUCCGCAAAAAUGCCGUCAUAAUAAAAACUGAUUGGCCGAAAAGUCCCGACUGGACAGAAGAAUUUUAUUCCUGGUUAAAAACCAACAGCCGCUCAUACGAAUUGGUUGAAGCAGAAAUUUCGCAAAUAUUAGGAUACAAAUGGAAGUUACUGUCCGACAAGGAUUUCAUGAAGUUAAAAUGUAACUUACACGACCCCUGAACAAAUAAAUAUAUUAUAUAUUCGAUUAAUGUUUUAUUUAAAAUAUAAUUUAAAACCUCAGUCAUUUACAAUAAUAAUAAUAAUAAUAAUUAAAAUACCUGUUCAAUCGUGUUUGGGCACGUUAAUGAACAUUUGGGCGUACAUGGGGCCCAAAGUUUUGAUGUUUCGCUGCAUUAUAAUUCUCAGGGCGUUCGUGUAGGUUUCGGGGGGGCGCACUAUCGUCGGGUCCCGCCAAUAGGUGCCGUUGGUGUCGCAGACGAACAGAGCCGGGGAUGGAAUGUGGUCCCUCAUGUAGCUCCAGACGCAUUCUUUUAAUAUUGCGACGAUCUG